CACUCAUUCGUUUUGAACAACCCGAUCUACCAAGACUCCAAAAUGAGUGGACGAGGAAAAGGAGGAAAGGGGCUCGGCAAAGGAGGCGCUAAGCGUCACCGCAAAGUGCUCCGUGAUAACAUCCAGGGCAUCACCAAGCCCGCCAUCCGCCGUCUGGCUCGCCGCGGCGGAGUGAAGCGUAUCUCUGGUCUGAUCUACGAGGAGACCCGCGGUGUGCUGAAGGUGUUCCUGGAGAACGUGAUCCGUGAUGCCGUCACCUACACCGAGCACGCCAAGAGAAAGACGGUGACCGCCAUGGAUGUGGUGUACGCUCUGAAGAGGCAGGGCCGCACCCUGUACGGCUUCGGGGGAUAAGCAGCUGUCAGAUCGACCAACCAAAGGCUCUUUUAAGAGCCACCCAAUUUACAUAAAGAGUUUCCUUUUA